AUGGAGCAGGUUGUAAACGGUAUGCUAAGUUUGUCAGGAUGCAAGGGUGACUCUCUUCCGUCGUCCUUGCUUUUCAUUUUAGAUAAGCAACAAUUUUUACAGUUAAUUUUUAGGUGGGCUGACGAGGACAAGCUCACCUCAAAAGGGCUGUCGAAACGAUCAAAAGCUAACGUACUUAGUACAAAAAGCUUCCGAUACAAACCAAACUCUAAAGCUUUCAAGAAAGGGAAAAAAUCAAAUAGAGGUAUUCAGAAGUUAGCUUCCUAUAAGAACCCUCAGAAGCUUUCUUUUGAGAAUCACAAUGAGAGGAUGCCUUUUGGGAAGCCAGCUUUGCAGCCAUUUCACAAAAGUUUUAGGUCGAGUAAGGAGCUCAAUCUCGAUUCUAACCAAGAAGAGACAACUACGAUUGAAUCUAAAAAUACUAUGAAAAGCAGGUCAAAAAAUACCAGAAAUAUCUCUAAUCCUAAAAAUGACAAACUGAAGCUCUAGAUUCGGACUUGAAUAUCUCAAAAGGACCUAAGAAGACAAUGAAGCAGCUUAGAUCUAUCAUUGAUAAUAAUCUGAAUAUGAGGAGUCCCAUCAGUGGUAUCAGAAAUGGAGAGAAGUCUUAUGAAUCUAGGAAUCAAACUCUUCGAGACAAGAAUAACACUGUUGAACCACACAUGAUCAAAUUUCAUAACUCACAAGUUCUUGAUAAUCUCGUCAGUGCAAAGAGAUUCCCUGGGAAGAAAAUUAGCCAGAAUUCAUUAGAUAGAAUUAAAGAGCAAUUACCUCUGGCUAAGAAUACCAAAGAAAAUAUUUCUGAACGUCAACUCCCUGUUAUUAAGCCACUUAAAAUUCCUUCCUCACAAGUUUUAACAAAGAACUUUCAAGAAAGGAGUAAAAAAUCUAACCUCUCGUUUGGAUUUGAGAACACCUUCCGCAGAAGGAAAAGAGAACUGGGUAACAACUCCAAAUCAGGCAAGAGUAAAAAGAAAGAAUUUAACAAAUCAGCGAUGAUAAAAGGACAGAGCGUAGAGAGUCUUCCUAAUUCUUCAUAUCUAAAUACUUUUGCAAAGGAUUCUUCAAAGAAAGGUGAAAGCACUAGAGCAAUAUCCAUCAAGGAUACUAUGGAUAUCAACACAAACCAUAGAUUCGGGAUGUCUUCUCUACCAAAACAAGUCAGUUUAAAAUAAUGCUAAAUCAGAUGCUAUUAGUGGCAAAGAGAAGUUUAAAUUUAACCCAAGAAUAAAAUCUCCUUACGAUCGCUUCAAGAGCACUAGGAAUACAGAAAAGUUGAACAAAUAUUUCACCCUUGAUGGGAAUAGCCAGACUAAAGAGAUCAGCGAUAUUCAGGAUGCUGAGAGUAUCCACUCUAUGCCAAGAAAAUACUGAAGGAGUAAACCACCUAGCCAAGGUGGUGAUAUGAUUGAGAAAUACGAAGUUCGAACAAAGUGAGGCCUUGCAGCUCCUUCUUCCAAUACAAAGAAAGUCAACCAAGAUUCAUUUAUUGUUAAGCAGAAGCUCUGUGAUGAGAAUGGAACAUGGAUGCUAGCUGUGCUUGAUGGUCAUGGAACUGAAGGUCAUCUUGUUUCAGACUAUGUAAAACAUCAGCUUGUUGAUGAAUUUGAGCUCCAAAUGAAAGUCACAAAUAAGCGCAAACUCUCUGUUCCCAAACACCGUAGGAGAAAAAGUAAAAACGGUAAAUUAGGCUCCAAAAAUUCUCAAAUAAUAAGCUCAGCUCCUAAAUUAAAUUGGAAUGUGCCAAAGCCAAAAAUGAACAACAAUAUUAUGAACUCUAUUGAACUUUUUAACAAGAUUACUCCUCUAGAUUCUGAGGAUGGAGACUCGUGCUUAGACUCAGAAUUUAAUUCAAGCAAUAAAGCCUCAAGAGAUUCUAAGAGGAGAGAAGAUAUUAGAAUCAAGGAAGCAUUGAGGCUUGCAUUUAAUAACACUCAUGGAAAAAUGAAGCAACAGCAGUUUGAUUCUAAACUAUCAGGCACUACUUGAGUAACUAUCGUCAUUCAAGACGACCGUGUUUAUAUAGCUAAUGCAGGUGAUAGUAGGGUUGUAGUUGGAAGAAAGAAUUCCAGAUUAUUGUGGGAACCCUAUCAGCUUAGCCGGGAUCAUAAGCCAGAUCUUGAAGAUGAACAUCAUAGAAUCAUCUCUAAUAGAGGAAGAGUUUUUCCGUUUAGAGAUGAAGAGGGAAAUUAUCUUGGUCCUCAUCGAGUUUGGCAUCCAAAUUUCCUGUACCCCGGACUUGCGAUGAGUAGAUCUCUUGGUGAUUGAAUAGCACAUCAAUAUGGAGUCACUUCAGACCCAGAAAUAACUCAAUAUAAAAUGCAAGCCCAUGACAAAUUCAUUAUUCUUGCUUCUGAUGGAAUCUGGGAGUUCAUGUCAAAUCAAGAGGUAAUUGAUACCCUCUCAAUCGCAAUUGAUGAGGAUGAUUAUGGCAAAGCUAUUGAAGAUUUAGUAACUCAAGCACAUGAGCAAUGGAUCGCCAACGAUAUCUGCAUUGACGACAUCACUUGAGUAGUCGUGAAGUUGAAGAACUAAUGUCUCCCAUUAAUCAAUAAUUCAAU